AAAUAUGUACCUACUGGGGUACAUUCCUAAAGAUAACCGUAUAUAUUUGGCAGAUAAGGAUGUCAAUGUCUAUAGCUAUGCACUUUCCUUGACUGUCAUUGAAUAUCAAACUGCAAUUCUUCGAAACGAUCUUGAAACAGCUGAACAAUUGCUUCCUUCGAUCCCUGCGGAUCAAAGGAAUCGAAUUGCAAGAUUUUUAGAAAGUCAAGAUCUGAAAGAGCUCGCUCUUGAUGUAUCAACCGAUAUUGAGCACAAGUUUGAACUUGCAGUUCAACUUAAUAAACUCGAUAUUGCUGUUGAAAUUGCUCGUGAAGUUGGUACUGACGCGAAAUGGAAGAUAGUUGGUGAUUCAGCUUUGAGUGCCUGGAAGUUCUCUCUGGCUGAGGAAUGUCUUAAAAAAGCCAAGGAUAUGAGUGGCUUAUUGCUUUUAUAUACUGCCUCUGGUAAUUCACAAGGAAUAAAGGAAUUGGCUGAAAUAGCUGUUUCAGAUGGUAAGAACAAUGUAGCAUUUGCAUGCUACCUACAACUCGGUCAGGUUGAAGACUGCAUAGAUCUGUUAAUAAAAACUGACCGUAUUCCGGAGGCUGCAAUGUUUGCCCGCACAUAUCUUCCUAGUCAAGUUUCAAGGGUUGUGAAACUAUGGCGAGAAUCGCUUGAAAAACAAAAUAAAAAGAAAGCAGCGGAAGCAUUAGCAGAUCCAGCCGAUUACGAAAACUUAUUUUCAGAUUUCAAAUAUGCCCUUAUUGCCGAAGAACUUGCCAAAAAGACGCGCAACACCGUUGCUCCAGCCACAUCAUAUGCAGAAUACAAAGACGGUAAUGAUCAAGACAUAUUAGCUGAAAUAAAAGAGAAAUACCCGGAUGGCAUUCUACCAUCAAACUUGGCUUCUCCUAGCAGUCGUAUGGUAAACAGCAUAGCACGAAGAAACGUUAACGGUGAUAUCGAUGAUGAUGUACUAUCAUCGGUUGCUUCAGUUGAUGAUGAUCGUGACAAUAUGAGCCUUUUAAGCAUGGAAGUAAACACAACUGGUACUGGAUCAGUUCGGGGUGAUGUUGAUUUUGAUGAUUCUGCUUCAUAUGCAAACUCCGAGCAAGACUGA